AUGCCAUGGGAGAACUCGGAGGAGCAGGUGAAUCAGAUGCCGAGGGAGAUGCGCAUACACGUGCAACGCGUGUUUGCCAUCCCGGCACCCCACAACAUGCCGCCGCCAGAAACUAUGGGGCCAUUUGCGCCACCACCUCCCCCGCAACGCCGUGAACAAAACGAGCAAGCCACCAUCCUCCACCAAUUUGUACCUCAGUCUGCGCCUACUCAAGAAUUGGAGCAACCUGAAAAAAUGCAAAUGGAUGGUACCCCUGUCCAAAUGAAUCUGCCGUGGGACCUUACCCCGGAAGACCUGCACAUAAUCCACCGCACUGCCCAGGACGCCGCUGCCAGCCAGCGUCGUGACCAACAGAUGGAUAACGACAUGCAAGAGGUGAAGACGAUCGUGAACACUUUGGCCGCGGCGGCAGCUGAGGCCGAGGCGGAGGCCGAAGUGCAGGCGCAGGCUGAGGCCGAAAGACGCCAGGCCGAGGCCGAGAGGCGCCAGGCCGAGGCCGAGAGGCGCCAAGUCGAGGCCGAGCAGCACCAGAGCAUUGCCCAGGAUGCACCCGCUCAGGCCCCUCGUGCACCACGCACUUUGCUGCUGCCCCAAGACAUUGAUGAGAGGCCACACUAUAUGCAACCGCGCUCAGUCCGCAGCGUCGACGCUUUGCUGCACCGCGAGAAGCGCGUGAAGCGCUGCGCCUGCAGCUGCGCU